AUGUAUAAUAAUUUUGGAGAUGAGUAAUACAAACUUAAUAAAUGGUGUCAAUUCAUCGAUCAUAAAAUUGCACAGUUUUUCAGCAAACACCUUUUAAAGCACAACUCAAUCAAGGACUACUUCUAUGACUUUAUAAAUGCACUAUCGAUAAUAAUAAUUAGAUUCACUUUAAAAACCAAUGAUAAUAAAUUACCUACCAUCUGUCUUAUUUUAGUGAUUAUGCAUUUGCUAUUAACCAUUAAACAGAAACUUCGUAAGGUUUAGAAUUUACUCAAUCAUCUUAUAGAUGUAUUUGUUUUGAUUUCUAUGUUAAACUUUAGUAGAGAAAAUGACAAUGAAUUCAUAAUAAGGCUUGCUCUUCAGAUUGGGAUUUAGACUUCAAAAUCUAUGAUAUUUUAAUAUGAUUAGUUUAGUAUGGUUUUUUAGAAUAUCAUCAAAAUUUCAUCAAUAACAAUCAUUAAAUGGUGUUUAAUCAAAGAUUAUAAUACAUUCAAAAUAAUAGUAUUGUUGGCUCUCUUGAUAUUUUAUUAAAUAAUAUAACUCCUAAUAGUUACAGCAUACUCCUAUGCAUAUAAAAAUAUCUGGAUCAACAAUGAGAGAAUGAAAAAGAAUAACCAAAUGAUUGAAAAACUUCUUUUUGAAUUGCCAGUAGGAAUCAUAUUGUUCAAUUCAAAUGGUGAAGCACAAUUCCAAAAUUCAAUUUCAUAUAAAUAUCUGCCAAAAUCAAUCGAUUUAGUAGCCAAAAAAUAUGCAUCCGAUGGAGUGUAGACAUAUUAGGAUUUAAUUUUGAUGGAAGGCGAUAAAGAGAAGUUUCAAAAGGUUUUUGUGGAAACCUUGGAAUCCACAGAUCCAAUAAUAGUAUCCUUUGCAUUCUAAGGCCAUCCCAUGCCCAUCAGUUGUCAUUUGAGAAAGCAGGUUUUCAAUAAGAAUUCAGUAGUGGAAGCAAUUUUCAUAGAGAAAUCUGAUGAUUAAUCUCUGAUUUAUGAAAGAAUAUCGUAGAGCUUAUAGAUCAUGAAGAUCCAAUAGAUCUCUGAGAUUCUGUCUAAAUAACCGGAAGGAAUUAAGUAGCAAUUAUUGUAGGCUUUAUUUCCGAUGUUGAGUAAAACAGAUUAUCAGAAGUCUGAUUAGAUCGUAUGCAAUUUGAAGAAUUACUUCAAAUUUUUCGCUGAUUGUCUGUAGAUCAUCUACAAAACGAACCCCAAUGUAAGAAUAGAGAACGAUGUUCCUGAUUAAGCCCUUAUUGACAUAGUAAAGAUGCACGGCAUUUUAACAUAAAUGAUAUCUUACAUCUAUUAGGAGCAUCAUAGGAAGUAGGCGAUGCAAGGAAUUUCAUCGUAAAGGUAAUUAAUCCAAUAGAGUGAUAGAUAAAUUCAAAGAGACAUGAACAAUUUCUCGUUAAUUUCUUUUACUAUUUCUAAGGGGGAAGAACUACAAAUAACAAUCUAAAUCGAUUAUCACAAUUAAAUUCAGGAGUUAGAAAUGUUAUUUCAGAGAUUCGACUUUGAAGCAUUGAAAAGUUAUGAUUUUAGAUUGUAAUCUUUAUAAGAUGAAGAUUUAACAUAUACGUCAUUUGUUCAUAUUUUGCAUUAGAUUUACUAAAUGGAAGGGCGAAUAGAAUUAUGUGAAAGAUUGGAUAACAUAAAGAUUCAAAUGAAUAUUCCGAUGAGAGUCACAACUGAAUAUCAAGCGGUUCUUUUAGAUCAUUAUGUUAGCAUGGGUAAGUUGGAUACCCAAUCCAAAAUCUAUUCAAUAAAUAGUGAAUUAUUCUAGGCUUUCAGGAUAAAAUCUACAAAAAAGAUUACCUCCACUCAAAGAAUAGCUCCAUAGCCAGCUCCUAGACUGAAUGAGGAAGCAGUAAAGGUUUAAACAUCCUUAAGUGAAUAAAAGCCAUUUUAAAUUUGUAAAUGCUUUGAAUUUACUUACCGUCCAAAUGUUGUAAGUGAAGAGGAGAAAUUGGAAUCCAAUAAAAUUGUUAGUCCCAACUUAUCUCCCAUUAACAAACCAUCCACUUUGAAGUAAGCAGAUGUUGCUACAUUUGAUAUUGAGGAUAGAAUCAAUACACAAAUGCAUUCGGUGGAAAAGGCAGUUUCUAAGGUUUUGGAGCAAGUGCUAUCUGAAAUUAUGACAUUUAAAGGAAAAAGAAUCAAUGUUCAUUUUAGAAAUUCUAAAUAAAAGCAAAAGUCAUUUGAAACCUCUCCCAGCAAUUCCUCAGCUUAACAACAAUAGAACUAAAGAAAUACUAGUGUGCCAAAUUUAUAAUAGUUUCGUACCACCAUUCCUGAACAAAGAGAGAUCAAUGUUAAUCAACAAUAAAUGUAAUAAUUAUAACAAUUCCCCAAUCAAUCCUUGUUUAAGUAAAAUGCUAUUCAAUAAAUACCCAUCUAAUCAUCACAGAAUUUUGGAGGCGGAUCCACCUCUUCUCAUUAAUAAUAAUAAAUGAACUCAGUCCAACAACCUAAAAGGAGUCAAGGAACUUAAUUAUUAAGGUCUCUUAGGGAAAAUGAUUCCAAAGUAUAGCAUUUAGAAUAAAGUGAUCAAUUUAAUCAAAUAAAGCCAGAUGAAAAUAACGAUGAUCUUAAAAAUUCAGUUAAGUUCAUUCCUUCUACAUAAGAAGAUCCUUAACCAUAAAAGUUAUAGCAUUCUUAGACUUCUCUUGGAGUGAUUAUUCAACCUAUGCAAUCUUAGGGAUCGGAGAGAUCACCGUGUUUCAAAGUCUAAAAAUAAGUCACCAUCAAUGAAAUUGAAGGCUAGUCAGAGGAAAUCAAACAGUAAGAAACUGUAGAUGUGAAGUAAUUCUAUUUGGAGAAACUAACUUAUUUGGUAGUCGAUGACUCAACGGAUUUCUUAGAUUUCAAAAUUAAAUAGACUCAUUAAUUCGAUCAAAGCAUAAGAUGCACAGAUGCAACCAAAAAAAUUAAGUCAUUAUUUGAGUAAAAUAAGAUCUAUCAUUUCAUUAUUGUAAGGAUUAAUCUCCCAUUAAAGAAUGGAAUAUAAUUUAUUAAAGAAAUAAGGUAGCUCGAAAAUCAACACAAUUUACCCAAAUAAUACUUUGUUGGUAUAGAAACCAAUAUAUCAUAAACUCUAAGACAAUCUUGUUUAGAAGCUAGCUUUGAUGAAGUUUAAGAAAAACCAUUAAAAUCAUAAUACUUAGAGUAGUUGAUUGAAAAUCGUAUGAAUCCUUCUCCUGUAGUUAUUUGGAAGCCUAUUUUGAAAAGCCCAAACAUCGAUAUGCAAGAGAAAAUAAAUUAAAUUCACAAAGAUCUAGACUAAUUCUAAUUGCCUCAAAAGAUUUCUUCAUUCAAAGCCAUACCAGUCCCUUAGAAACAACCAUAAGAUAGAAAAGCCUUCUAUUAUCCAAUAGUCACUAUUUAUAUAUUAGAUGAUUCCAGUGUGUAAAUCAGUGCUUUGUCAUCCAUGAAAUUUAAUUUCAAAACUAAAAUUGAGUUUGAUAGAAAUGUAGAUGCUGGAAUCAAACGAUUUGAUAAAAUAUUUGAAGAAAAAAAAAUAUUUCAUGUAGUGUUAGUUAAAAUGAAUUUUUCACAAAAAAAAGGAAUAGAGAUAUUAUAACAAGUAAGGCAAAUGGAGGAGAAAUAUUUAGUUCCCAAAUAAUAUAUAGUAGCUAUUGAUAGUGACUUCACUGAAGACUAAAAGCAAGACCUAAUAAAACAGGGAUUUGAUAAUGCUUUAUCUAAACUUAUUGAUAAAAGAUUGCUUGAGGAAAUACUAAAUCAAAGGUUAGAAGAUAAUUGA